AUGGCGCGGACGGGAGUGGGUUCAAGUCUAACCAAUAUUUUGUUUACUACGACACGCUAACGGCACUGAUCAUUAGCCAAUGUGCUUGAAAAUCAUUGGUAAGCCUUUUGCUGAUAUUUUAACAUCAAUAAAUAUAGUGAAAACCUCUUCGGAUAGAUGUUUCUCACUGUUUAUAUGAGUGAGUGUGGAGACGUUUGUUGACCUCGCCUCAGCCAAGACUACCAUGUGCUACCCUGCCGUAAAUUACUCCUCAUCCCAACGUUUAAUCGCUGGUGUGUUACAUCAUAGAUACUGAGUCUGCCAAAGUGGGAGUGAAGUGUUAGGUGUUGUGAAGUAUAUUGUCUGCUAUAGGCUAAGUGGUGAUCUCAGUGGAUGAAAAUAUCCUAUCUGCCUUUUAUACGUAAAGUUAUCCAAAGUUGUGUUGAUGAAGUUCAUUGGAGAAAAUACUUGGUGUAAUGACGGUGAGUGUAGAGUUAGUGACAAAUGUGUACCCGAGGCUGAGACUGUUGGUCUGGGUCACUACAGAGGUGAAUGUGGCGUGAAGCAGGAACAGGAGAUGGGCGAGAUAAUCAAAUCGGAGGAGACGACCAACAUGGAGACCAAACUUGGCGUUGAUUUCCCGCCCGAAGCGUCGUCAAAAGCGCUCACCUGUGUGUUGAAGAACGGCCAGGUGUCAGCCCUCACCUGUGCCCCCGUGGUGACCCAGCAGGCGCCGUCCGGGAACAAGGGGCACCCCAGGCACGUCACCCACUACAAGACGGCUCAUGUUGGCCUCCCAGUCAUCAAACUACACAGACUGGACGCCAGAAACUUUAGACGAGUCAAAGACAUUACUCAAGUGGGGAUCAACAAAGACUGUGCUCGAGCGCUGCGUAAAGAGUUACAACGGUUUAGGAGGAAUGAGAGGAAGAGGAGGUUACGGAAACUUGGCCUGGCCGGCCCUAAGUGUAGUAAACCGAGCUUUAAGAGGAAGCAUUUAUUGUCUGAAGAUUUUGUGAAAAGUGAAAGUGCUGAAAAUGAGUGGCCAGGGACCCACCAGGCCAUGUUGGAGGCGGCCAACAAGGCCACCAGACCGGCCACCAACGGCUCCAUCACUGACGUGGGGAAGAAAGACUCACCACCGAAGAAGCCAAGAUUACAUCCACUAGACAACACUCGACUACAGUUUGAUUCAAGGUCAUCCUCCUCUACACUCACUGACUCCUCGAGAACCUCUUGUACGCCUAAUACUCUGGGACCGCCUGUGUUGUUCAAGCCUCAAGUGGGAGCAGCCCAUCCACCCUUGAUAAAAAUGCCAUGGCUCUCUCCUGCACCUUCUCUCUUUAACCAUUCCCCUUAUGCUCCUCCCCUGGCAGCUGCUCCUUUGACACUGACUCCUAGAGAUGCAUUCACUACCCAGGUGUCACCAUCAUUACAACCAUCUGGCCCUCCCAUGAUACCUUUUUCCAAGUUACACUCGAGAGUUAUCAUGGCACCAAACUCCAGUAAGGUUCUAAAACCUCCCGGAAGAUUGUCCGGUACAUCUACAGCAGCAGACCCUCAGAGGGUGCAGGACACUCCCUCGGCCGGUCAACCUGCGGCGUCGUCUUCGCCUGCCAUAGUGUCACGGGCCGGACAGGUGGUCGCCCAUCCUCCACACCCACAGUUAGUGACACAUCCUGAGACAGAGUUCAACUCCAGUUUGCCUCGACUCAAGACCUUUACUCCAUCCUCCGUUGCUGCUAAACCUCCACCACUUAUUCCUCUGCCAGUAAUCGAAAAACAAAUGGAUAUUCUGAAUAAUAAGCCAAAUACUCCCCAUUACUCUGUUGUUCCAAUUUCAUCUCCUAUUACUCCUGGAGAAACCCCUAAAGAAGAGACUGUUUCUGACUGGCCAGACAGCUGUACCCAGGUCAGUUCUACAUCACAUGAUGCAGAGCUCCGUCGGGUACCUUCUGUAGCGAAGGAGACGGACCAAGUGGUGGUAAAGAAGGAGAGUCACGAUCGGGCGGGAUCGCUGCUCAGUCACGGUAUAAUUAAGUCGUCAAAUAUGUCGUACGUGUCCACCGCCUCAACUUCUGUGUCUCGAGACCGCCAACCUUCAUCAGUGCCAAAUGCUUCACCAAAGGUCUCGUCCUCCUCUGUUGGAAUGACUACCUCGCCAAUGGUCUUUAUUCCGGCAACAGUAGCUUUUGCCACCCUGGGCACACAGAUGUCUCCUCACACUUCCAAUGUGACCUCAAGUUCCUUACAAGUCAAACCAAACUUAAAAGUGUCUCGGCCAGUCUCCUCGGUGACGUCUAGUGUGCCGCAACAGUUCUAUUGGAUCCUCACGCCGGCAGAAGCUUCUCCAUUUUCUGUGGACUCUAGUCACAAGCCGCCAAAGCCUUCCAUGUCAUCCAGAACAUACACUUGGUCUCCAGCAGUGUCUGGCCCGUCUCCUCCAGAGUCGACUGUCCUGUCUCCGACACCCGUGUCCUCCUCUUCCUACUUGGCGUCUCUCUUGAAGGCCGGCGUUCCGUUGGUUCCCGUUUCGUCCACGGCGACAGUCGCCACUGUGUCUCCCAGUACCUCCUAUGUCUCGCCUCUCAGUCUCUCCAACACAACAGUGUCGACUAAAAUAUCUCUCCCGGCCCCCAUCAUGUCCACUCCAGCCAUCAUCACUAACCCUAGUAGCCUCCUCGGUCAUAAUAAUGUCAAGAAAUACAAGUCUUCACGUCCGGGUCCCAAGAGUAAGAAACUUGCAGCUACAGGUAAAGUGAAGGUGCCUCCAGACCUUGGCACUCUGGCACCUCCACCACUGACAGCAAUGUGUGGCACUGCCUCCUCACAACACCAGUCAGUCUUGACCUCUGGAGUCUCAUCUUCUACCCUUUUUCUGGAUGAAGCCGCCCUGGAGGAAGACAACUUCAGAGUCAACGACCUCAUCAACACCUUGUUGGGCGAGACUACUGCAGUGCGCCAGAUCAUGGCCGCCGUCACGGCCGACCAUAAUAAUGAAGCUAACUCGGCCGCUAAAACGCCAAAACAGUCGUCAAAGAAACACGGCAAGAGUCCGGAACAUUCGGCACGGACGACAAAAUUCAGCCCCAAAAAACAUGGAAGUAAAGGAAAUUCUGGCGGUCAGAUGAAGCUCAAGAAAGACCAGUCAUCUGUGGUGGCGUCUCGGGUCGUACCAACGUCGGAGACCCUCGGUGAUUAUGCAAGUGUGAAUGUUGUGAGAAUUGAACAAGAGAGCACAGUUGGUGGUAGAGACUCGGAGGAAGGCGACGGUGGCCUACCUGUACCCUCCAGUAGUGGUAUUAUUACAAACUCUCAAGAUGAUGGGUCGUCCCCCUCAGAACCUCCAGUGUUGCCAGCCAAGGUGGACUAUGUGCCGGCCAUCUCUCGCGUGAAGCAGAGUGGCCUCUAUUUUCCGCCACUACUAAAGAAAUAUCAAACUAUAAAAACGGUUGGUAAGAAGAGUGGACACCAUACAUCUUCAUCGCCAAAGAAAAGUGGCUCUUCUAAAUCAAGUAAACAGAAGGCACUCUGUAUGCCGCCUCUUGUGAGACAUGAAAAGAUUGAUGCAACAAAUGACAAAGGUGUGGACAGAAGCUCUACAACAUCACUAUUAGCGCUGGAUAAUAGUUGUAGCGGUGAGAGAGAGGUGAAGGUCUCCCUGGCAGAAAGUGAUGGAUGGCUCAACAACACACUACCGUCACCCUCUAAACCAUCCAAGAAAAAGCAUAUGACUUUAGGAGGAACAAAAGGACAAGUGAAAAGAAGACAUCCAUCGGUGUUGCAGAGGAAAGUGUGUGUGAAGUUGGAGCUGAUGACCCACAGGCACAUCAAGAAGGCGUUCCUGAAGAAGCACCAGAUAAGUCUAAUGUCCGGGAUAUUGUUACGUCGGCAGCUGAGGAACUGGGAUAUUAAACGUUACUUGACGUCACAGAAGAACUUUCGUCUCCCACUGCUGCCACAAGGAUCUAAGCCAUCUGUAGGAUCAUCUAAAGAACAGAGAAGAAUGCCUAAAGUAGGGCCACUGGGCAGUAAGUCGGCCAGUGUACAGCAGAUGUUACUGGCUGCUCGCACUGGGGCAGAGCCAGAGUCUUGGCCGGUGACCCAAGACGCCUCUGCCCCCUCCACAUCGGCAGCUCCUCGGCCACACAAGCACAAGUCCCAGGGCACGAAGCCUCCUCGUCUCACAUUCAUGGGGGAGAACAAAGAAGCUGCGACUAGUAAAGCUUCCAGUGCGGCUGACCAGUCCAUCAGCGACAGAACCAGCGAGAUGAUCAGCCAGGGAAUAAUAACGUGCAGUAAACAACCGCUGAUGGUGUUUCAGAAUGAGAGAUUAACCAAUGGUCAGAAAAACUUUCUUGGCAAAAUUGGUCUUAAUUUAGCAAAGAGAGUAUCAAGGAACUCUGAUUUAGAUUCAUUAGAAGGGAGUCAAAUAUUAAUGGACCCUGGAAUGUUUGGGCUGAAGGCCAAGUCCCAUCCACCACCAACCUGGUCUCUGGUCCUUGAUGAUCAGGGGAGUAAGAUAGAGGCCAGUGCUUCCGUUAAGCCUCCACCAGCCAGCCGAGGUCAACCCACGAAAGGGACUGGUAAAGGCUCAGGACAUAAGCAGGGCGGUAAAGGUAAACAACGGAAGCAGGCGUACAGCGUUGCCGUGUCCGCUCCUCAGAUGUACACGACCGCCGCCUUGCCUCCAGGACAGGUGUACACCACGACCUUCAUGGCUCCGGGGCAAAUGGCUGGCCAGCCACAGUUUCGUAUUCUUGCCCAGGUCCCGGACGGACAGGACGCGAACGCUUCCUUAGCGUCGCUGUCGGAACGCGCUCAGGCUGUUAGUGGUCAGAGAAGAAUAUAUGUUCCUGCUGUGAUGCCUACGGGUCCUCCAGCGGGGAUACCGUCGGCAGCAGUCGUACAGACACCAACUUCUUCUGUGGGAGCAAGAAUUUUAACGGUAGAUCACGCAGGCAGGGUUCGAGAGACGUUGAGUCAGGGCAUACCGGCAGCUUACAGCAGAUACUCUACUUCAGCCCAAAGACCCGACAAUUGGAACCCUUCCAGGCCGAGCAACCGAGGAUCACCACCGCCCCCUCUGACAUUUAUGGGGGUGGGGGGCAGCAGCAACAACAUGAAACCUCCUCGAGGGAUGCCGCCACCACUCUCCUUCAUGGGGUCCUGUUCAGAGGCACCAACAAGACCAGAUCUAAAUUUCAGUUCCUCGCAGUCAUCUCCGAGACCACUGCAAGCAGUGGGUUGGACACAAGCUUUAGAUUUAAGCCAACAGGCUUCUGCUCCUCGAAAUUUUGGCGUCAUUAACCACACAAGACACCUUAUUCCCGAAAAACGGCCACCAAACCUUCAGUACACUGCACAGGGACACAUUGGUGUGGAUCAGAGACCACCAGCCCUGACAUACAGUGUACCUGGACAGGAACAAGGUGUCACUGACCGGCAGCCAAGUAGAUCAACAGGUGUUGUACAAGGCCCCACAAACCAUAAUCAACAACAGUUUAAUGUGUCUCACACUAUACAGGAUCAGAGACCACCAGGACUACCACAGACCACUCAGGGACAGUUUCCAAUAAACCUAAGACCGCCGAGUUUGACACAGACAGCGCAGGUGCAUGUUACGGUGCAUCAACAACCGAGUUUGCCACGUAGCGUCCACGGCCAGAUUGAAGCGAGUCAACAGCCGACGAGCUUGCCACAAGACAUACAGAGACCUCCCACAAUAAGCAACCAACUGCCGGGCUGGCUUCAGAACUCCCACAGACAAAUUGAAGUGGCCCAGAGACCCUUGCCUGUAUCUCACAGUGGCCAAGGAUGUGCCACAUCAAACCACAGUUCUCAGGGACAAGUCACAGUGGACCAAAGACCUCCGAGCUUACCGUGUACCAUCCAGGUUUCUUCUGCUCCCAGUCUCCAGACCCCAGUAUCAUCCCAGACAGGAACACCAGACUCUCGUUAUAAUCGCAGUCCUGCAGAGUUUGGGUUCAGUGUGGAUGAUCCGGAACACCACCACCACCACCACCAUCAUACACCAAGGACCCCAGAGGUGAUGGCAGUGGUUGAGGCUCUCAUCUUGCAGCUCAUUGACAUUGGACUGCCAACCUCCAUGGAGAGUAUUACCCAGACUGUUAAACAGCUGUUUCAGGCCCGCGGUACACUCACACCCUUCUGUUGUAAAUCUGAGGCCCAGAAGUGGUGCCAAGAGUUCCGCUCCGCUCACCGCCUGCCUGGCGGAGAAGAAACUUGGCCAGAGCCGACCAACAGUGAAGCGCGACAGUGGCUCCUUAAGCUAAAAGUAGACAUGGUUAAGUUCUACGGUGUUACGCCUCGUCGAGUGUUCUACAUGCAGGAACUGAAUUUUUUCUUAGACAAGCAAACGAGAGAAAUUAAAUAUCACAGAAUGUUCCCUGGAAAGGUUCAUUGUUCCAAUGAAAAGGACACAGUUACAGUGUUGUUCAUUUUAAGUGCAGACGGUCAGAUAGGUCCUGGAAUGAUAAUCUUCCCCAGGAUGGUAAUACCAGAAAAACUUUUUUCUUCUCUCAAAAAUACUGAGGGAGGGCAGGAGUGGGUGUUGGGCUCAUCGAUGAACGGCUGGCUCUACGGCGACUGCAUCUCUGAGUUUGUGAGUGACGUGUUCGUGCCGUGGCUCAGGAAGAGGUGCAUCCACUUCCCCGUGGCUCUCUUCGCCAGCGAGUACAUCUCCAACAUCCCGUUGAUGAGGAUGAGCGAGAGCUUCAUGUCUCAGGGGAUACAGCUCGUCCCCGUGCCUCGGGUCAUGUCGCCCAUAGUGAGUCCCGCAGAGUGGAUCGUGACAGAUUAUUUCCGUACCAACUGGGGCAGAGCUCUGUACGAGUGGAGCCGUGCAAACAACUCUAAGCCUCUUCUGGAGGAGAACUUUGCCCCGUUCAUCAUCAGUUGUCUUACUGCUCAGGCAACACCAGAAAAAGUUAAGAGUCAGUUCAACAGAUUUGGUAUAUGUCCAUUUGAUCCACAAGCAAUGUUCCAGCGCUUGCGGAGUCGUAGUUAUUACUAAAGUGUUUUUCUAACCAAAGUUGUACUGCAAAUCAAAGUUUUUUGUAAGAAGAACAGUAAUGGAAAUACUGAAGUGAGAUACAUUAUGGAAAGUGUUGAUGCAAGUGACUGUUUAAAGGAUCUUCUUUAUUAAACAACAACUUAUACAGAAAUAAUCCAUUAAUAAAAGUUAUAUUCUCAAUAAUGGGACACGUUUAAUAAUCUCAAAUGAUCAUUUAGUUGCUCUAUAAAUAUGCUUCAGGACCGUAGUGUAGGAGUUAUGAAAGACAACAUAUGAUAAACAGUAUACUGUACUGCUGUUGUGUCCUUAUCUUAAGAGAUUAUCCACUAAAUCAUUCAUUUUAUUUUCUCAACAGUUUUGUACAAAUUCCUUUUAUGUAUUGUCUGUGUUUUUUUGUUUAGUUGAAGUAUAAAGAAACUGGUCUUACCCCUGGCCACACUUGUUCUGAUCUGUGUGUGUGUGUGAGGGGUCGCCUAUAAGUUUGACAAGAAGUAAUUGUUAUGUACAGUUGCAGCAUGACAAAAUAUUUAGUUUCAGUUGGUACUUCAUUGUGUCGAGAUUGCUUCUUUUAAGUUAACUUGUAUAUUGAAACAUAAUUCAAGCUGUUGGCUGAGUGUGUGGUGUGUGUUUAACAGAGCUGAGUGUGUGGUGUGUGUUUAACAGGGUUACUCUGUGUUAUGUCUCAAUACUUGUGUUAUACUGUAGGACUAAGGACCCACUUUUGACAGACAUUCUACCUCGCAUUAGUUCCUAUAAAUUUGAAGUGAGGAUGAGUCUUGCCUCCUGUAAAGGAAUUCACUAAUAAUGUACUAUUUUUAUAUUUUUUUGAUAUACUGUAUGGAUAAGAGUUGGUUAUUUAGGUUGAAUACAUACAUUGAGGCAGGAGGGGACCCAGUACAGUGUUAGGUAGGUGCUGAAGGCUGUGUUGGCGAGUUAAACUAACUGAUACAACACACAAGUUAGAGUCAUUUAGAGAGAGAAAAUUUUGUAUCCCAUCUUGUAGACUUGUAAUUCUGACAUUAGGAUUGAAAAUUACUUUAAUUAAAAUCACACCUCACCAGUUUAGGACAAUGUUGCUGUUGUAAUGCAGUAUAAACAUUCACACAAUCUCCUCAAAAAUCUGUGCGGUGGUGUGUAUACAUUUUUCUGAGAUGCCCUGUACAUACUACCAGGUAAAGAUACACACUGAAGAAAACAGUCUCAGACACAGAUCACCAUCAGUUCUGCCACCGCAUGACUAGUAGGUAACAGGAGGCAGGUGUUACCUCGGCUCUGUGUCCGAUAGCUGGGGACUAGUCACUCUUUAUCACUAGCCUGGCCAUCAAAUGCUUAUAUAUUCUUAAAAAUGAUUAUAGUGAUGAUUAAUACCCAAAACACUAUAAAUUUGCUUUAUUCUGGUUAUUAUCAAAGUUUAAACGGUGUCUAGGUGUGGUGGAUGAGUGUAGCGCUGUGAGGGAGGUGUAGUGUUACAGAGAGUCUCUACAGGGUCAAACAUAACACUGUCGAACCUGAAGGAGUCGACUGUAGGUGUUUUCCUAUACUCAGAUGGAUAUAUAAUUUAUGUAUAUAUUUUUUAAUUGUGUAUUAUUUAGGUCAAAAGACAGUUUAGUUACUUGAGAGAAAUUCAGAUUUUGUGGUGUAUGAUGUGGCAGUUCAUUGUUCAUCAUUUGUUGAAGAGGCCCAUCACUGUCUUGCCAAAUACAGAUAUAGUACAUAGGAAUACAUGCAGUACGGUACAAGAGUUCAGCAAGUUUAUGGCACGGUACAGGAGUUCAGCAAGUUUAUGGCAGACAUCAUUGGUGUUCUUAGGAAGGCAAUAAUAAGGUAAAUACUCCAUUAUACUUAAAUUAUUUUUUUUAAGUCUUUCUGACAUGCUCGUUAGAUUCACCAAAGUAUUGUAAAUAUUUUAACUACCACGAGAUGGACGUGAGCCAUUGUUUGGGGUAUGUUGAAGGUGUCGCAUAGAGUAGUUCAGAAUCUGUCGGUGGUACUUCAGAAGGUAACGACCAUUAGUUAUUUUACAGUUAAUGAGGGAUUGUGUGAGAGCUGGAGGUGAGUUAGUUAUGGAAGAGGUGACGGUAAAGAGGAGGUACUGUACUCUUGAGGUGUGAUUCUGGUGUGUUGGAGUUUAAAGUAUUUGAAGAUGUGACAAAAAAAAUCAAACUUAUUUAUACAGCACAGUACAGGGUGUCACAAAGAAAUUUAUACGUUGCUUUACCAAUUCUUGUGGCGAUCACAUUUAUGGUUGUGGUACAGCAACAACAUUGUCCUCACUUGUUGAUGUGGGUCAUACAGGGGAGACCAUGUUGCUGUUGCAUUACCUGUACAAACGUUCAUGCGAUUCCACGGAAAUCUGUAAGUGUAGCGUGUAUAAUAUAUUUGUUAGGGUCUAGAUGGUGUGACCUAAGUCUGUUGAGUGUUUGGAAGUAUGUUUUGCUUGUUCAUGUUAAGAAAGGAUAAAAAAAAACUCUGCCAUUGCUGUUUAAUUUGUACUUUGUUCAUAUAUUUAUGUGGAACAAUCAAUACAAGUUAUAGGAAAAAUGGUUGAGAAAUUCUUGUUUAGUUUGGUAUUUAGGUUUGUCAUUUAUGUGUACUGUAUAGGUAAGUACAUGUUUUCUUACUGAUUUUGGCUGUUGGAAUGUUACAGUCUGUCUUGGAGCCUGACUGUGUUGAGAUAAUUGAUAACAAAUUCAGAUAUACAUGUACCACAUAGUACUGUGUGCGUGGACGGUCCCGAGAGGAUUUACUCCGUUGUGUUAAAAGGUCAAUCCCUGGUUUAUUUCCUCACUGUGCUCUCUGCUGUAGUACCUGUGUUAUAAUAAGCUGUAUUAACAAUCUGUUCAUAAGUGGUACACAUAUAAUACUCUUUGUGUUUGGUGGCUAGGUGUACGAGUCAGCGUCCAGGAUCUUGUGUAUGAGAGGCGAGGCGUAAAAGUUUCUGUUCUAAAAUGUUAGUUGAGGUUUAUAUUUGUGAUUAAUACCAAUUUAUUCCCUUUUUGGACAUAUAAUUUGUCAUUCUUGUUUCUGUAUUUUUUAUAAUUAUUCAUUUAGUUAGUGGAGUCUUUGUUUGUUUGUGAACUGUACUCUUCAGGGUCGUUUAUUUAUUUUUAGCUUACAGCCCCACCCGGUAAACCUUCACACAACACAUCCAAGGUGUGGCUGGCUGGACAUCUGGUGUAGUUGUGCUUCAUCAUGAGCUGUUGUUGUAUAUUGUAUGUGUGCCUCCCUCACCACCUCCCCCUCCUCCUAGCCUUCCAUCACUCGGCCUCAGCUUGGAAUUUCAAACAUGACAAAUAAGUGAAAUUUUAUGUUGUAGUAUUUUUCAAGUGUUGUAAUACAAUGAAAAUUAGACAUAAUGCAUCUUU